GCGGUUUAAUACGCGUUCGCGUCCGCGUUUCGGCCGCAACGACUUAGGAGAGAGAAAAUCGAAACAGAUCGGCUUCGCUCUCGUCGCCGCUCCCAAUUGCCCUCCCCUUCAAAACCCUACCUUCUUCCGCCCCUCGAUCGCGCCCCCGGUCGUCGCCUCCGCCGCUGCCUACGACUAGUGCUCGCAGCAUCAGAUUGAUUGGUGAAAUCUACUUGUCCUCGGAUAAUACCAACAUUCAGUAACGACAUGGUGGCAUGAUAAACUGAUAUUACUUCUUGCACAUUUGAAAUUCAACCAUUCAAUCGGGUAACCAAAUGGAUGCAUAUCAAACUUUCACAUGUGGCAGAUGUAGGGCAUCUGGAAUUGUUGUUCCUUUCUCAGUUGUGCUGAGAUGGAGUCCUUGUAAAAUGUCCCCAGCAACUAAAUCUAAGUCAGGCAAAUUGUCUGGAAAGGUAGUCAAAGCAAAUGGCAAAGUCUCUUCAAAACCUUCUUUAGCCCUUCCAAACCACGGAAAUGGUGUCCCCUCCAAUGUUUAUAAUCCAGUGACCGGCAAAUUCCACAAGUUUGAUGUGUCUGCCACUGUUUCCAUAGCAACAAGCCAAAACAAUGGGCGUCUUGGAACCAUAGAUGAAACAGAGAAUCAGUCUGUUAGUUCAUUUGGUACAAGUGGCGAGUUAGAUUCCAUGUCUAAUCAUAAUGGUUCUGGUGAAGAGGACCAGAAGGAGAAAACAACUACUAGUACUGUAUCUCGCACAGAACCUGUACCUGGUUGUGACACGGAUAAGAGGGAGAAGAUUCGGCAGAAGAAUGAGAGAAAACAUCAACGGCAGAAGGAAAGGCGGGCUCAGGAUCUACAUGAACGCUGUAGUGGAUACCUCAUGUCUUGGAAACUAGAUAUGCUUGCUCAGAAAAUUGUAGCAAUGGGUUUCUCUCCUGAAGAGUCAACAAUGGCACUGAUACAAAAUGAAGGACGGGUUGAAGAAUCCAUUGCGUGGCUCCUUGAACUGAGUGAAGAAAACAAACUCCAAAUUUCUUCCAACACAGACAAUUCUGGCAAGUGGAAGAUGGACAUUACAGCAGAGCUCGCAAAGUUAUCAGAUAUGGUGAUGAAGUUCAAGUGCACAAAGCAAGAGGUCGAAAGGACAGUAGUAGCAUGUGAGGGUGACUUGGAGAAAGCUGAAGAGACUUUGAAGGAACAGAAUCAGGAAGGAAAAUCUGCUUCAUCAAAAUUGGAAGAAGCUGAGAAUUUUGUCUCAGAAAGUGGCCUUGGCAAUAAGAUGAUAAUGCCUGUUCAAAAUGGAUUGUUAAGACCGCAACAGAAGGGAAUAAUUCCAGUUGUCACUCAACAACGGAUAGGUGAGUGCAAUUUAAGCGAUAAUAAAGCUGUGAUAAAUGGAACUGUGGACUCUUCAAACAAGAAUUUGCAGUCUUUGAGGAGGAUGCAGCCCAAACCAGAUUGGGGAAGACCACCCCAACUUGUUACUCCCACAAAAGUUGUUACUCCCAUGGAUAAAAGGUGGUCCAAUGCUAGCUCUGUUCCUUCCAUUUCAUUAUCUAUGCCAUCGUCUCAGCAGGUAGCCGCACCUCCAUCUAACCCAUACAUGCUGAUGACGAGUAAUGAGCCAAAGGCUAACAUGCCAUCACUAACAUUGAGGGAGCCUGUUAUUGUAAUGCAGCGGCCCCAAUCUAUUCCUCCCAAACAAAACUUAGCAUCGACAAGCAGGAACACCAGUGCAUCGUUACCCUCUUCCACAGGAUCAUAUCCAAAUGGUAUGUUGAGUGUGGAGAUGAUCGCGGAAAAUGGAAGCUUGAGGCCAAACUCAUCUUACUUGGGUUUGCAUGGUGUUACUGCUCAACAGUUCGUUAACCAGAAUCAUUUCAGAGCUCCCAGUGCUAGCUCAGUGGAUCUGGAUUCUUUUGCAACUGGUUGGGGCACUCCAUUCAACUCAAACUUUUCAGCAUCAUCUUUUGCGGUUCCUUCUUCCCCCAGUCGCUUUGCUGGUCUCCCAUCCGGGCCAUCCCCUCCAUCCUCAGUUGACUGGAGUUCUGGUGUGUCAACACGAUACGACUAUACUCGUGUAGAUUGGAGGAUGGAUAAAGCUCUUAUGGAGCCUUCCACAAGGAAUUUUGACUCAUCAUCAACAUGGUCCACCAUGUUCAUGGGUGGCGAGGUGCCAAGGCCAGCCGUGAAUUCAUCAGGCAGUGCCUACAUUCCUUGGCUGCAGGAUGGCGGUCUCACAGCCGAGGAGUCUUCAAACUCCUCCGGGUUAACUGAGUGGUCAUCUCCGUUUGCAGGGAAGGACCUACUCAGCAUAUCAAGACGGUAUGUCACCGAUUCUUUGCUCUAGAAAGGCUGUAAGAUGAAAAAAGAAUAAUAAGACAUAAAUUGGUUGUUACUUUUUGAUGCUCAUGAAUGAAAAUUUCAUGCUUUGAUUA